AUGUUACUUGUGAUACUUGAAGUGACCACGACGGCAGAUACACGAGUAUCAACUACACUAGCAUCAACGCCAGGAACGCCACCACCAAAUACACCAACAUCAACUCCAGGAACGCCACCACCAAAUACACCAACAUCAACGCCAGGAACGCCACCGCCAAAUACACCAACAUCAACGCCAGGAACGCCACCGCCAAAUACACCAACAUCAACGCCAGGAACGCCACCACCAAAUACACCAACAUCAACGCCAGGAACGCCACCGCCAAAUACACCAACAUCAACGCCAGGAACGCCACCACCAAAUACACCAACAUCAACGCCAGGAACACCCCCACCAAAUACACCAACAUCAACGCCAGGAACGCCACCACCAAAUACACCAACUUCAACGCAAGGAACGCCACCGCCAAAUAUACCAACAUCAACGCCAGUAUCAACUACACUAGCAUCAACGCCAGGAACGCCACCACCAAAUACACCAACAUCAACGCCAGGAACGCAACCACCAAAUACACCAACAUCAACGCCAGGAACGCCACCACCAAAUACACCAACAUCAACGCCAGGAACGCCACCGCCAAAUACACCAACAUCAACGCCAGGAACACCCCCACCAAAUACACCAACAUCAACGCCAGGAACGCCACCACCAAAUACACCAACAUCAACGCAAGGAACGUCACCGCCAAAUACACCAACAUCAACGCCAGAUUCUCCUUGCAAUACUGGUAUUUCUAUUCCCUGGAACGGUGGUUACCAGUGCAUUUGUCCACCAAACAAACAAGGCAAAAACUGCAGUGAAGAUGUUCCCGAUUCUGAAAACUGUACCUGGCCUGGUAAUGAAAACGCAUGCGCCUCAGCACCCUGCCAGGGAGAGGACGCUGUGUGCAUCAACACAUUUGGCGGGAAUUAUAAAUGCUUAUGCCCACCGAGGACAGAAGGUGAUCGUUGUGGUAAAGGAGAACACUGCUUUUUCUGUGCAAGUAGAAGAUGGAGGAAUAUCACGUGUCCCGUGUUUGACAACAGACCAUCCUUAAAAUCGAUGUCUUUGUAUGACGUAACACUUGAGACCCAGCUGUCAAGAACAAAGUGCAUAAAGGACGAUAAAUGGGGCUUCAAUUACGAUACAGGGACCAUGUGGGCAGGAAGUCCCGGUCGAAUAAACACCCGAACAUUGAUCACCAUCUUCACGAGACGCCGUCGGAAAACUAAAAUUAGUUAAAACAACAGCAAAAAGAACGUAUCUAUGAUAUUGUAUGCAAAGAUGGUGAUUUCCAUGCAUCAUUAGGUGAAUGGACAGCGAAAAUAUGUAAAAACAACUGUAUGAAAAAAUAGAGGCUUCCGUGCAUUAUUAGGUGAAGGAACGGCGAGAUAAUGUAAAAAUGUAAAAGUAUUUUAUGUAGUGAGAAGGGAGUUCCGACUUCACUUGUCAGUCACAGGCUACUCAUCAGCCUUCUAGCUAAUAACCUGAUAGUAUAACGGAUUAUAUUUUGUAGUAUAUAUAUUGUAGUGGUGGGGGUAGUCCUGCCUAAUCUUUGUCUUUUGGAACUUUGACUGUAGCGGAUUAGCUGUAUCUAGCGAACUUUUCUUUUAAUCUUUGCAAAAUGUCCAUCCACUUCCCACCAUCGGUUUUUGUCCUAUGUACACUAAAAUAAGUUAAAACAACAGACAAAAGAACAGAACAGCAAUGUCUUAUGCAGAACUAUAAGGUCAACUUACUCGUAUUAACAUCAUUGCAAAGAACAGCAAUGUAUUAUGCAGAACAAUAAGGUCAACAAUAUUAAUAUCAUUGCAAAGAACAGCAAU